UCAGCGAAAUCUUAAAAGCACUUUACAAAUCCUUUUGGAGCAUCGUUAAAAUCUGAACUCUUUCAGACUUUUUCUUUCCUUUUUUAUUAUUUAUUUUAUAUUUUUUAAAAGUUUAAUAAACGAGAAAAGACUGAAAAAAAUAGAAUUUUUUUUUUCAAUUACAACACUUAACUCUGCAUCGGAAAUUCUAAACAUAUGCUUCUAUGCUGCUUUUAAAAAUGUUGUAAUUUUGCUGUUGAAUAUAUGUAGCGUAAGUACAAAGAAUACGAUGCUUAAUAAUAAAGUUAAAAAAUGGGUUAGCAGUGAGUGAGUGCAAGAGCUAACUGGUAGACUGAGAGCGUAUAAAACCUUAAUAAACCUUUUGGGUGACGGUUAAUUUAUUUUUCUUAUUUUUUCAAUUAAUUCAUAAAUGGUAUUUAUUUUUAAACAGUGUUCAAAACACAUUUAAUGAGAAAUUAGAAUUAUUAUCUAGGCUUGAAAAAGCAUGUUUUGCAAAAUUUAAAAGACUUCUUUUUCCUGUCUCUCUAACACAUUGCUGAUACUAAUUACAAAACCACACCUGAGUGGUAUGAUGAAUUCGGUGAAAGACACAGCUUCUGGAGCCAAGAAGCAGACGUGAUUUUCGAGAGAAAAGCCAAGUGUAUCGCAGAACAAUAUGGUAAUUACACUAGUCAGCCAUCUAAACCUGAUUAUGAACAAAAGGGGUUUUCUUAGAAGCCGUUAUGGUUACGACUCUUCUCAACAGAAAGCACGCUUGAAUAUAUACUGAAAAUAUUAUCUUUUCCAUAGGCAAACGAACAUGGCAUAAAAUUACGAAAUAUGGCUGAUAAUGGAGGUCUCGAAGUAGCUUAUCUGGCCUAUCAAACGUGGAUAAUGGGUAAUAAAAAAGAGAAAAGGUUGCCAGGAUUGAAGUACACACCGAAUCAGUUAUUCUGGAUAAAUGCGGGAAACGUAUUAUGUGAAAAGCAAGCAAAUAUAAGCAUGAAACAGGGCGAUAUCAAUGAAUCACAAACUCCAGAAUUUCGAGUGAUAAGCUCGAUGUCCAAUUUACCAGAGUUUGCCAGAGAUUUCAGUUGCCCAGUAAAUACAGCAAUGAAUCGAAAAAAUAAAUGUCAAAUUUGGUAGAAUGGAAUAUUCAAGGUGCAAAUUAAAAUCAUUAGUGAAAGUUAUGUGAUAUAUUUACUGGUUUUAUUUUUAUGUAUCACAUGCAAAACUGCUA